UUCUGAGGAGCGCUCAUAUGCUUCACUCACACUCUCUUCACAAAAGAUGUAGUGGGAGAGAGCGAGCACGGACAGACAGACAGAAAACAGCGGGUUAAACUCUGCGAUGUGACAGUCACCGCUGAGCCAGAAAUGACCGCCACAGCGGAGGAGAAGCAGACAGGAGGAGUCCGGCAGAGGCUUCUCAUCGCGGGCAGGUCUUGACGUCUGCUACCGCUGACCCGAGACUCCCAGCACCGCCGCAGCACCGCACUGUUACGCUCACUGAGAAACUCCACGCAGCCGAAAUACUCCACAGCCCGUCAGUGAACCUUGAAAAAGAGAAUGGCGAGCCAGGGCGACUGCUGCGUGAAGGUUGCGUUGAGGAUUCGUCCUCAGAUGGCCAAGGAGAAGAUCGAGGGCUGCCACGUGUGCACGCUGGUCACACCUGGAGAACCGCAAGUCCUGCUGGGAAAGGACAAAGCCUUUACGUACGACUUUGUGUUUGACAUAAACUCAGAGCAGCACCAGAUCUACCAGGCCUGUGUGUACAAACUCAUCGAGGGCUGCUUUGAGGGAUACAACGCCACUGUGUUUGCCUAUGGGCAGACUGGUUCAGGAAAGACAUACACCAUGGGCACGGGCUUCGAUGUGAGCUUGAGUCCACCUGAACAGGGAAUCAUCCCGCGGGCUGUCCACCAGCUGUUCGAGGGGAUCCAGAGCAGGAGGGUGCGCGCCCAGCAGGCCGGCAGCCAACCACCUGAGUUUAAAGUCAGCGCCCAGUUCCUGGAGUUGUACAACGAGGAGAUCCUGGACCUGUUUGACGGAGCCAGGGACCCAGAGAGUCGGAGCAGAAAGUCCAACAUUAAGAUUCACGAAGAUGCCAGCGGCAGCAUCUACACCACAGGAGUCACCUCCAGACUAGUGCAAUCAGAGGAGGAGCUGUUGCAGUGUUUGAAGCUUGGCGCUCUGUCCCGCACCACAGCCAGCACCCAGAUGAACGCUCAAAGCUCCCGCUCACACGCCAUCUUCACCAUCCACCUCUGUCAGAUGAGAGUGUGCCAGCAGCCUCAAAUGAAUGGAGGAGGGGAGAACGGGGAGUUGAAUGGUGUGGACUCAGGCCCAAUUGCCCAGCCUGAGUUUGAGACCCUGAUGGCAAAGUUUCACUUUGUGGACCUCGCUGGAUCUGAGAGGUUGAAACGCACUGGAGCUACAGGAGAGAGAGCUCGAGAGGGAAUCUCCAUCAACUGUGGACUGCUGGCCCUGGGAAAUGUGAUCAGUGCUUUAGGGGACCAAACUAAAAAAGGGGGACACGUCCCAUACAGAGACUCCAAACUCACUCGUCUGUUACAGGACUCACUGGGAGGAAACAGUCGCACGGUGAUGAUUGCCUGUGUCAGCCCAUCAGACCGGGACUUCAUGGAGACCCUGAACACGCUGAAGUACGCCAACCGAGCGCGAAACAUCAAGAACAAGGUGGUAGUGAACCAGGACAAGACCAGCCAGCAGAUCAGUGCCCUGCGUGCUGAGAUCGCCCGCCUUCAGAUGGAGCUGAUGGAGUACAAGGCGGGGAAGCGUGUUGCUUGUGAGGAUGGCUCAGAGGGCUUUAGUGACCUGUAUCAGGAGAACGCCAUGCUGCAGAGAGAGAAUGACACACUGCGCCUCAGAGUGAAGGCCAUGCAGGAGACCAUCGACCACCUCAACACCAGAGUAACACAUCUACUGGCCAAUGAGGUCAGCACUCUGCUCACCAAGUCAAGUGAAGGCAAUGAGGAGAUCGGAGCUUUAAUCCAAAACUACAUCAGAGAGGUUGAAGAGCUGAGAACCAAACUACUUGAGAGCGAGGCCAUGAACGAGUCACUGCGACGGCACGCAGCCCGAAUGUCCUCUCGUUCCCCAUUCCCUUCCUCUUCCCUCACCCCUGCCCCCGGCCACCCACCUGGCUCCUCUCCUGCUCCCAUGUCCAUGGAGGCUGAGAUGACAGAUGUGUUACGUCGGGCCAAGCUGGACAUAGAGAGGCUGAAGAAGAAGGAGAGGAGGCAGAGGAGGAUGAGUCCAGAGUUGGAGAAGGGUCUGAAGAAGAGAGUGAAACUGCACACUCAUGAGAAUGGAGAGAACGGGCAGAGUCGUGAAAACGGAGAGAAUGGAGAGAUAGACUCAGAUGAUAAUUACACUGAGGACAUCAUGUCUCCACUGCAGGAGGAGAGCGGCUGUGAUGAAGACGAAGGGGAGGACGAGGAGGAAGGCAGGGAGGAGGAGGAUGGGUUCGACAGUGACGAGAGCCUGGUGGAUUCAGACUCAGACUCUGAUGAGAAAGCUAACUUCCAGGCAGACCUGGCUGAUCUGACCUGUGAGAUUGAGAUUAAACAGAGGCUGAUCGAUGAGCUGGAGAACAGCCAGCGGAGGCUGCUGAUGCUGAAGCUGCAGUAUGAGGAGAAACUCAUCCUGCUGCAGAACAAGAUCCGAGACACACAGCUGGAGAGAGAUCGCGUCCUGCAGAACCUCAUGACCAUGGAGAACUACACAGAGGAAAAGGCCAAUAAGAUAAAACAGGAGUAUGAGAAACGUCUUAAGGAGAUGAACCGAGACCUGCUUAAGCUACAAGCUGCACAAAAAGAGCAUGCUCGUCUCCUCAAAAACCAGGGGAGGUAUGAGCGGGAACUAAAGAAACUCCAGGGAGAGGUCAAUGAGAUGAAGAAAGCCAAGGUGGCACUGAUGAAACAGAUGAAGGAGGAGCAGCAGAGGAGGAGGAUGGUGGAGGCAAAGAGGAACCGAGAGAUCGCCCAGCUCAAGAAGGAGCAGCGACGACAAGAGUAUCAGAUCCGAGCUCUUGAGUCCCAGAAGCGGCAGCAGGAGCUGGUGCUGCGCAGGAAGACUCAAGAGGUGACUGCCCUGCGGCGCCUUGCUAAGCCCAUGUCAGACCGUGUAGCCGGGCGCGUGGCCCGCUGGAACCAGACACCCUCAGUUACAGACUCUGGAGCCGAGUUAUCAGCCAGCACAACAGCGAGCAGCUCUGAACCUGAGACUGGGAGGUCAGUGAGUGGACUGGUGAGGCAGUGGAACAACAAGCACAAUGGGUUUGGAUACCUCGGGGAGAGUGAGGGGAGCAUGGAUGGAACCAGAGUCAUUGGCAGUAGGAAGAAGCUGCAGCGUAAGCCAGCAGGUCUGGGAAGCAUCGCAGCAGCAGGCAGAGCCAGCAGUUUCUCCAAAUCUGCUCGACAGAAGUGGCAAACCCUGGAGCGUCGCAUCAUGGACAUUGUCAUGCAAAGAAUGACAAUCUCUAAUGUGGAAGCCGACAUGGAUCGCCUUAUUAAGAAGCGAGAGGAGUUAACAGCUCAGCAGGAAGCGCUUUCGCACAAGAGGGAGGUACUGAUGGCGGAUGGGGAGGGGCCCGAAGCAGAAGACCGCCUCCUUCUUGAAAUCAACGAGGAGAUUGAGGUGCUCAAUGCCAACAUAGACUACAUCAAUGACAGCCUGUCUGACUGCCAAGCCACCAUUGUACAGAUAGAAGAGACCAAGGAUGAGCUGGACUCAGUGGACACAUCAGUGGUGAUCAGCUCCUGCUCUCUGGCUGAGGCUCGCAACCUGCUGGACCACUUCCUGAAGGCCUCCAUUGAGAAGAGCUUACAGGUGGCUCAGAGGGAGGCUCAGAUCAGACUGUUGGAGGGUCAGCUUAGACAGACUGAUGUGAUUGGCUCAUCCCAUAACCACAUGAUUCUGGACGCCCUGCGGGAAAAGGCAGAAUACAUCCCUGAACUCCAGGCUCUUAUCCACAAUGUACAGCAAGAAAAUGGCUAUGCAAGCACAGACGAGGAGCCAUCUGAGUUCAGCCAAGCUUCUGACAGCAGUGUAUCUCAAAUGAAAGAGUCAAACAGCCAGGAUGAUUUCAAGAUGAAGAUGGAGCCUCGUCUGUCAGCACAGAUGAAGGCUGUGUCAGCGGAGUAUCUGGGUCCAGCCCUGGACCCCUCAUCGAGCAACAAGCAGCAGCACAUCACCAAGUCUCUAGCUUCACUGACCGACAUCCGGGAGGAUGGCUUGAGCCUGGGGAGAGUGAGUCUGGGGCUCAGCUUGGCUUUGAGAGACCCCUACCACAGGGACCGGGCAUCCCGCACCAUCAGCCUACCUAUCAGGGGACACACCUUUCCCAGGCAGUCUCGGGGUUAUGACACGUCCCCAAUAACAAGAAGGAAAUCUUACGACCGUGCAUACAGACCCACUGAUGGCUAUACUCCCCCCUCCUCCCCGCCUCUGAGGACCAGAAAUGACCGAAACGUGUUCUCAAGGCUCACCAGCAACCAGGCCCAAGGCUCUGCUCUUGACAAGUCGGAUGACAGCGACUCCUCGCUCUCCGAGGUGCUCAGGGGUGUGAUCAAUCCCAUCGGGGGUGUGAAGGGGGGUCGGACAGCACCCCUGCAGAGUGUUUCUGUAGCCGAAGGCCAUUCCAAGCCGGUGCUGUGUGUGGAUGCUACAGAUGAGCUGCUGUUCACUGGAUCUAAAGAUCGUACCUGUAAGAUGUGGAACCUGGUGACAGGUCAGGAGAUCGUCACCCUCAAAGGCCACCCAAACAACGUGGUGUCAGUCAAAUAUUGUCCCGCCUCCUGCCUGGUUUUCUCCGUCUCCACUUCCUACAUCAAGGUGUGGGACAUCCGUGACUCUGCCAAGUGUAUCCGCACGCUUACUUCUUCAGGGCAAGUAGUCUCUGGUGAUGCGUGUGCAGGCACCACCACCCGCACAAUAACCUUUGCACAGGGGGAGUGUCAGAUCAACCAGAUCGCCCUCAACCCUUCAGGAUCUGUGCUUUAUGCCGCUGCUGGAAACACUGUGCGCAUAUGGGAUCUCAACAAGAUGCAAGCAAUGGGGAAGCUGAUGGGCCACAUCGGCUCUGUCAUGUGCCUGACAGUGGGACAGUCUCUGCUGGGCAAAGACCAGGUCAUCACUGGCUCUAAAGACCAUUAUGUCAAGGUUUUUGACGUGGCAGAAGGAACUCUGGGCAACGUAGGCCCAGCUCAUAACUUUGAGCCACCACAUUAUGAUGGUAUUGAAUGCUUGGCUGUUAAUGGAGAUGUGCUGUUCAGUGGAUCGAGAGACAACGGCAUCAAAAAAUGGGAUUUGGAGCAGCAGGAACUCACGCAGCAAAUCCCCAACGCCCAUAAGGACUGGGUGUGUGCUCUGGCGUAUGUCCCUGGCCGACCUAUGUUGCUGAGCGGCUGUCGGGGCGGCAUGCUGAAGGUGUGGAAUGUAGAUAACUUCACCCCCAUAGGGGAGGUCAGAGCACAUGACAGCCCAAUCAACGCCAUAUGUACCAAUUCAAGACAGAUCUUCACUGCCUCCAGUGACUGCAGGGUGAAGCUGUGGAGCUAUGUGCCGGGUUUGACCCCGUGUCUUCCUCGACGUGUCCUGGCCAUCAAGGGCCGAGCAACCAGCCUCCCAUGAUUGCUUCUCCUCUGCUCACCAACCCUCCCUUCCUCUGCGACAAGACAGUGAAGAUCUGGACAUCAAAGGUUUGGAGGAAGAGGUGACAACCGUAGUGACGAUGGUUCCUUAUUUGUCAGCCAUCAUGCUUGAGCUGCUACCACAAGCACCAAGACACUGAAAACAGCUUCCAAGGCAAUCAAGGUGUAUUUUUCCUUCUUUGUCAAGGUGCAAAAUGUCAAAGUGGAGUUGGAAAAUGUAUUGGAAGGCAAAAAAAAAUUUCCCUUUCAGAUUUUUUUACUGCCAGUUUGAAAGUGCCAUUCAGGUGUGAUGCUACUGGGACAAGAGAAGCCUAAUUUGUUGUGGAUCACAAGGCAGAACAAUUUCUCUCUCGAGGUGAAGCCUGGUAUAAAAAGGAAAAAAAGUGUCCUUCUGUUCUUUCACCUAUGUUCUCAUACUCAUGAGGAACAGCAGGAGUGGAAUUUGCUGAAAGACAUGUGUAGCCAUGAAAAUUUUGUGUCUUAAAGUGAUGACACAGAGAGAAUCUGAAUCCCAACAACAAGGACACAUGUCCCUCCUUUCAGGACUGUGAACGCUGAUGAGCAUUGUGACUUUUUUUGGAUACUGAGCACACUCGCAGGUCUUGCUGUGUGUUCAUCAUGGUGACUGAUCAAUGGAAAAAUAUGUUGAAAAAACACCACUGGAUGUUCAGUUUUGUACUCUGAAAACUCCUUCCAAUCACUUUGUGUUUGUUACUGUGUUCAUCACUGAAACUAAAUUACAAGUCAUGUUUUUAAUGACUUUAACUUAUUUAUUAUUUUCCCUACCUCAGUUGUUUUGAACUUUGGAGUGAGGUGGGUGGGAACAUUUUUACGGGUCUCUGUGUUCAAACACCAGGUGCUUGACAUUUUGAAGUCUUUAUUUGAUGCCUGGCUCUUCAUCUCUGUGUGGAUGUGUCCUCUGUGGCCCUCUGACUAUCUGCCUGUCUAGCUGCUGACCUAGCAUACAGGACAGCACACGUCCAGUAGGUAGCACUGCAUUCAGAGGAAUCUCACUGGAUAUAUUAUUUGUUUUGUGAGGUGUUAAACACCUCUGCAGAUGUGUGAUGCACCCUUAGAUUACACACUCAACACAUAUGGAUGUCCUUGAGGCCAAAAUCUUGCCAUUUAGCCUGCAUAAAAAUGGAAACAGGAGCCCUACCAGUACCCCCAACCCUUUCUGCUUGGUUUUAGCUCCCCUCUGAUCUUUAAGGUUAGCAAUAGUAUUAGUCUGACAGGCUUCCACCUCCUUCCCAGCUACUGAACUUCUCUGGGAAUCACUUUUAAUUAGAGGUCUCACAACUCUACCGGCUGCUUUUCAGGCGAGAUUGCUCGGGUGAAAGUAGGUCAUAACUGAGGGGAGAUUUCUUAUUAAAAUCCUGGUUUUCUACCACCCAUUUUUGCUGCUACAUUUCAAGGCAGGAAGAAACUUCCUGUCCCCCGUGCACUGAUGUACAAAUCUGUUUAUGUGGCAAAUUAUGUGUGUGGGCAAACACACACAUUCGCACCAAAUACACAAACAUGAGUUCAGUGGCUGUUUCGGCUAUCCAUCUCGCCUGAUAGGUCUUGGCAUCCUUCACUGUGUUGAUUUAGUGUCUCUUUAAUGAAGCAGAUUCAGCGCUGCAGCACUCCACUGACGCAUACACAUGCCUACAGGCAACUGUAAUAACCCAAGUCUUAAAGUCACUUUGAUUACCCUUUUGUUGUCUCAUGCUUCUGGACAGAUAUUAGCAAGCAUGCACAUUACCUAAAGUUUAUUAAUAUGGGCUUUUGAUGCCAGUCCAAGAUGAUUUGAAAGCUUUUUGCUAUUCAACUGUCUCACAGCCUGAUUAAAAAAAUGUCUGUCAGUGUUAUAAAUCAUAGUAGAGUUUUUCAACUCUAAAAUCAAAGUCUUUCCAUUGAGGUAAAAAAAUAAAUCUUUUGAUUUAGUGCUUUCUUUCCAAUAAAAGACCCAAAAACAGAUGUAGUAAAACUAAAGCUAGGACCAACUUUAACAGCAUCAAAGGUCCUGAAGCUAGCAAAUGCUUUCUGUAUUCUUCCUGCAAAUUCUCCCUUUCUCAGCGAGAAUUUGUACUGCUGUUGUUGCCAACAAGGUUGAAGCUGCUUAAACUCUCCAAAAGCAAUUCUGUGGGUUUUGGUUACAUGUUUCUGAGGUGUCUAGGGUUGGGGAUAAAAAUGUGUCUUUGAGAGUAAUUUGUUUAAGCGUUCUUGGUUUUUAUUCUACACUACACUAGAAAACUCAGGUGAAGGUUUAAAUAUAUUGUUAGUCAUACUUAAGUAAAGACUCAACCUUGUGAAUUUAGCUAGCUCUUUGAAUCAACCAAAUGCCUUGUUUGAGUGAUUAUUUUUACUUUGAAAAAAGGUACUACCAAUGUACCAACCUUUUUGUAAAAGACAAACUUCCAUAUUUUGUUUUUGCAUUUGAUUCCCUUUACUUAUUAUCUAUGUACUGUGCUUUUUUUCGAGCAACAUGUUUGCAUCUUAAAUGACAUAUUCACAACCGGUCAAAAAGUCUUGCAACUUUGAAAUGUGCACUGAAUUUUGAACAUAAUUUCUUGUUCAAAACAUGUAAUAAUGUUUCAAUUGUAUCAUAGUUUAUCUGAAAAACUGGAGUGAGCGGUACUUAAUGUGUUCAGUGGGGAUAUUAAGCUCCUACAUAACAGGGUCUUUUUGACCGUUAGUCAGGCUCCUCCCUUUACUUUUCACUUUAAACAAUUUUGUGCUAAAUAGCCAAAAUGACCCUGCUUGGCAGAUCUUAAAUGGUUUGAUGUGAUAACAAUGCCAUGGUAACUUCUGUGUUUCACUUUUUCUUCUCCAGUCUGCUACUUAUACACCAUAAUUAAACACAGGCCAUUUGUCUUAGACUUCACUCUCAGGGUGUGAAGAUAAAAUGCUGAAAAAUGUUGAACAAAUAUUUCCAGUUUUGCAAAAUUCUGUGAACAAGAGAAAUCAGAUAUACAGUGCUUAAAAAAUUUAUUAGACCUCCCUACCCAAAGUAAGGUUUAUGCCACAGCUGCCCUAAAUUAAUAGCGUUGGUAAUUACCAGAAUCAUUUUUUAUGUUUCUGCAAUG